CUUCUGAGAAACAUUUCGACCCGAAGUUUUCUUACUGUUUUAUGUAAGUAAUUUAUUCUAGGCGUAAAUUAUUUUCAAAACAUCAUUUUUAAGCAGCAUUGAAGGAUCAUAGCAAUACUUGGCCAGAGUCCUGUUGUGUUAUCCCAAGUAAUGGAUAGAAUGCACUUAAAUGUUGAUUCCGCGAAGUGAACGUGUUCAGUGUGUGUGUUGUGUGUCAUCGUGUCGGUCGGGAUCAUCGGUGUGCCAUUUAGUUUCUCAGAUAAAAACAAGGAAUGCAAAGACGUACUCGCCAGUUUAAUCUGAACUAGUGGAGAGUGAUGAUGAAGAUAUUUUUGCAAUGGAAAAUCUUUCUGUGAAUUUCGGAGGAACGAAGUGGAGUGAUCUGCGGAGAUUGCUUUUGUGUUUUAAAUUAAUGCUAAUUUGGAUUUUGUUGAGUUUGCCGUGUAUAUUCGCGCAUUGUCAAGGCGUAGAAAAUCUGUCAGUGGCAGUUUACCCCAUGGGUAACCUGAAGGUGCACUAUGGAGAUUCCUUUGAACUAUUUUGUGUGGCUGAAAAGUUCACGUCCGCCGAUAUUGAGUUUACAAUGGGGGGUAAGACCAUUCCUUCCGAAGUAGUAAACAGCACAACAAUACGGCUUUACAUGGAAAAACCCGAGAAACAAGUGAACACUUUUUAUUGUCGUAAUAAAAAAACAAACAAGAUAUGCACAAGCAGAGUGGUAGUGGACUCUACACCGAUGGCAGUCACUGAUUUUUCUUGUAAAUCAAAAAAUCUCGAGAUUUUAAACUGUACUUGGAUUGCUCCUGGACCUUUAAGUACGACCCAGAAUUAUAUUACAUUUUUGAUUGAUGGAAAUGCUGUAGAACCCAGUACUCCGAUCAGAGCGGAUCAAACAAGAUAUUGGAACAGUUGGAAUACUUACAGCAUACCAAGAUAUAGACAAAUGGAAAACAAGUAUUAUUUUUAUUUGAGCUCGUGCAGUCCAUUUGGUUGCAAUAAUCAAAGUUUUACAGUUGAUCAUUUCUCUAUUGUGAAGCCUGAUGCUCCAAGUAAUUUGAAGGUAAUAAGGAAUUACACUAAUGGGGUCUAUCUACAAUGGAAUAUACCUAAUAACAUGGUAGAUUUAUUGCCCUGUGGCGUUGAUCAUCGCAUUGAAUAUCAAAUUGAUAAAAUUGACAAUAAAUCUUAUUUCCGAAGUGUGGAUGCAUCAAGUUUACCACCGAAAAAUAGAACAUAUAAAUUUUUACUAACAGAUCUUCCUUAUGCUCACAUGAAAUAUGAAAUCAGGAUCUACAUCAAAUCUAAAGCUGCAGUGAAAGAAGAGUUUUGGUCAGACUUCACAUAUACCAUGGUAUAUACACUUAGCGAGAGACCUAGAAGACCACCAGACACCGCAGUUGGAGCCUUUGAUCAAUCUUUAUAUCAAACAAAUAGAAUGAUAUACAUUUAUUGGAAACAACUUGAAGAAUAUGAAGAGGCAGGUACAAAUUUCACUUACAAAGUUGUCGUUCAUCAUAAAAGCAAUUAUGAAACUUUGACAGCUGACAACAACAAAAGUUUGAGUUUUGUGGUCUUGGAAAAAGCACCAUUUGAUGCAAUGGAUGUCUACAUUUGGUCUAGAAAUGAUAAUGGAUCUUCCAUUAACAGCAGCCAUCUGUACAUUCCACCCAAAGAAGAUACUGAAGCAUUAAAAGUUUCUUCAUUUACCAAACUAGCUUAUGAAAAUGGCGCAUAUAAAUUGUCCUGGGUUGGUAUAGAACAUAUUGACAAUUAUACACUUUUCUGGUGUCAACAUAAUAGUACAAAAAUUUGUGCAGGCCGAAUGAACUUCAUUGUUUUAAGUGCCAAUAAAACAAUGCAAGUCAUAGAACUACCUAGAGAAAACAGGUAUCAGUUUGCCAUAUCGGCUAAUAAUGGGACGAAAACUAGUGGCAUGGUAUGGGCUAUCUGUGAUAUAUCUAAAGAUGCAAUUCCAAUGUAUGGUUUUCCGGUCAAAAUGGACCAUGGUAUUCCAGGGAAAACUUUUGUAAAGAUUAAAUGGGCAAUGACUUGUACACUUCAAGAAGGAAUCAUUACAGGAUAUUUGAUCGCAUAUUGUCCUGCUCUAGAUACCACUAAUGUUUGUGCAACAAAAAAUAAAACUAACUUAUACAUAUCUAAUCCUAAGCAAAUGGAGAUCAACAUUACAAAUCUUGAACCAUACACUACAUAUAUAUUUACACUGGCAUUGAACACCACUUAUGGAUUUAAAACAGUAGAAAAUGCUUUCACGAGUAUGACUACAACUGAAGAUACUCCAACUAGUCCAGUUAAUAUUAAUAUAACCGAUGUGCUUAGUGAUUCAUUGACGAUUUCAUGGGACCCACCUAUUCAUAAAAACGGAGUUAUUGGAAAAUAUGUCAUAAAUAACUAUGGUCAAGAAGUUUAUGUAGAAAAAGUUUCAGAUAAAGAUGAAGAUUCAAAAAGAAGGCAUAUUCGUUUGACUGGCUUACAGGGGUUUACUAAUUAUUCAUUGAGUGUACAAGCAUGUAGUACAGCUAUAAGCAGUUGUUCGGUUUUGAAUCCACAUGAUGCCCUUUUUGUCAGGACGAGAAUAGGUCCUCCUAGUAAAAUGAGGGCUCCAACUGUUAAAAAUAAUCCAGAUUUUAUUAAGUGGGUUCCACCAAUAAUACCAGGGGGGACGAUUGACCUUUACCAAAUUAAAAGGAUUAAAGAUGAGAGUGAAGCUGAAAUAAUAAAUACUACAAACCUUUCAUUUUCAUUGAUACAUUGUGAAGGUGGAGUUGCCGGACAAACUUACCAAGUUAGAGCUGUUAAUUUUGAUGAAGAUCCUUACCACGGUGCUUUAACUGACAAUAAGGAUGUAUACCUACAUAAUGCUAACUAUAAAGGUAUACUAGAAUAUCCUGGAGAAUGGAGUGAGCCAAGUUUUGUAAAUUGUACAAGCAAAGAACAUGUGACACUAACUCUUAUUUUAAUGGGAAUAUUUAUGAUAAUUGGUAUUAUGUAUGGUUUUAUUAAAUGUUACAAGAAAUACCGAAAAAUGGAAGAUAUUAAACCAGUUUUACCAAGUGGACUAGGAGUCCCCGAAAAGGAUAUUUCGAAAUAUGCUAUUGGUGGUUGGAAUCCUACAAACAAGGAUGAGAAACCAUCUUCAGACGAAAUGUUGCUAUUACCAAAUAGUAGAACCACUGUAUCUUCAGAAUUGAAACAGAAAGAAAACAAUAACAGUGCUUCUAGUGAUCACACUGAUAGUACAGCUUUAUCAGAUACAUCACAUGGGCCUGUAGAAAGACAAAUCUCCUCAUCUGAUGAUGGAUCUAAUUCAUCACUACAUCUUGAAGUAGAACCUACGAGAACAGCUGACAGUAACAUCGAUGGCGAAUCAUGCAAUUCCGAAACUGAAACAUCACAAAUACCGUCACCAUUCUUUAAUGAUAAUACUUUCAAGAAAAAUCCAUGUGGCUAUGUGCAACAAUCUGUAGUGAGUCCUAAUACAGGAUAUGUUCAAAGUGUUCAAGCAGGCGUUACAAACCCACCACAACCCUCAUCACUCAGUGCCAGCUCUAGUUAUGUAAUGGCAGCUCUGUCUCCACCUAUAUUUACGACACGUGUUGCUCAACCUUGCGUAACGAGUUCACAAUCAGCAGGAGGCUAUGUGCACCCUGAAGGUGCUCAAACUAUAUCAGCAAUGAAUUUCCCGAAAUUGGGGCAGACAACGAACAAACUGUUUGGUCCUGAAAGCUUGCCAACAAUGCAAACCUUGCCACCAGCGAAACACACUGCAGACAGCAGCUACAUUCAACUGCAAUCUCUAGAUUCCUUGCCCAGACACAAACAUCCUGCCCGAAGUACAGUGCCAUUAAAGACGCCAGCGUCUACCGGCUACGUCCGCCAAGGUGACGCUGUUAUUAAUAAGCACCUGAAUAAUAUGCUAUCAGGUGUUCAUUGUGGCGAAGAAUCGGCUAUUUUGGAUCCUGCAAUGUCGCCUGACGCGUACUGCAGAUUUUCAUGGAGUACCGAUCCAGCCAAUGACAACAUUCAUUCGUUACUCGCCGAUUCGCCUAGAUUAAAUUCAUCGAAAAACGGAGUCAAUCAUUAGUGAUAUAUAUAUAUAUUUAAUUUAGUAACCAAGAUGUAAAUAAUUGACUUUAGGAGCUUUAUAACGUGCUAUAAAAAUUGGACAUAAUAUUAUUUUACAUUUGGGAAUGAAUGUGUCUAGUGAUAAUUCUUGUGCCUUAUUAAUUUAUUUUAGGUGAUCAUAGGAAGCUUUAUAGAUCUUGAUAUAAAGUAUUCGCUAAACAAAGAUUAAUUAUGGAAGGUAUUUACAAAAUUAAUCUUGUGCCAAGCGACUUGAGCACUGAAGAAGCCAUCCUUCAGAUUGCUGACACUAUUGAUAAUCUCAAUGGGAUAGUGGAAGACGUGUUCUCUCGCUUAACGCGGCGAAUCAAGCAGAAUGUAGAUAAAACCGCAAAAUUGAAUGAACGCAUCGAAAACUCUAGGCUUAAAGUUGAAAAACUGACUGGAAUGCAGAGAGCCAUCAAAGUGUUCUCGAGUGCAAAGUACCCGUCGUCAAUAACGCACGAGCAUUAUCGAUCCGUCUUUGAUUUGGAAGGCUAUCAACAUGUGCCUAAAAAUGUUAAACUGAGUGCUAAAACUCGGGGGCCAUCUGAUGAUAAAAGAAUACAGGAGAAGCUACACUUCUAUCAUGUUAAAGUUGCGGAACCUAAUUCACUCAAGCCCGAUGAAGAUUUUAGUUUGAACGCUGUUAUUGAUAACCUGGAAACCAUCGGUGAACUUUUAGUAUUUAACACCGAUGAAAGCCCUUACUUCGGUGUUACCUCUAAAACACCAACCUACAAACCGGUCAUCAAGAAAUCGAAUAUUGAAAAUAAGAGUCUAAUAGAAGCGGCACCUUCGUCUAUAAUGAAGAAAGACGUCUUGAAGCGCGAAGUAGACGAAUACAUGUACGCACCUGGGAUGGGAAUGGUACCCGAAAUGGAGAUGCCGUUGGAUUUACCGCAUCUUCCAGGAAUCGCUGAGGACAUACAAUAUACUAUCGCGACUGAAGGGUCUAUAGCCCCGUCUGUCGUGACGUCACCGGUCACGCCGAUCAUCGCCAUUCCUGAGGUGGAAUUACCAGAGUUGCCCGAUCUAAAGGAACUACCUGACGUGAAACCAGAGCCCGUGGCUAUACCAGAUAUACCGGACGCUCCUCCGUCACCGGUUCCUGUUAGUGUGCAAGCGUUGCCACCACCGCCGCCCCCGCCACCGCCUCCGCCCCCGCCGCCGCCUAUGAAGGAAGUAGAGCUCACACCAUCAAAACGUGAAGAGAAAGUUUCGCCGCUAUCUCCUCCCGGCACUGGUGAUGCUCACGCGGACCUCAUGGCUGCGAUCAGGAGCGCGGGCGGUGCUGGGAGAGCGAAGUUACGGCACGCGGUCGAUUCUGAAGCACCCGAGUCCACCAAACCCGCGUCCACCGGUGACCUGAUGGCUGACCUCCACGCGAAACUGUCGAUGCGUCGUCGCGGCAUCUCUGGCGCUGAACGCGCAGGCGGCUCCGUACUCCACACCCUCGCCAGUAUAAUACCGGAGCCCGGAGACCAGUCGUCACCGCAACAUUCCUCCGGCGACGAAGACUGGGAUUAAGAGGUUCAUUAACGUGUUUUCUUUUUACUAAGUGUGCAAUGUAAUGUUGUAAUGUACCGUAUACCUACCUCUCUGUUUUUAACUGCAAACGUAUAUUUAAAGCCGUCAGCGUAAAAGUGGCCUAAACCACGAUUUUUCAUAUUCGCGCCUUAUAUAUUUUCGAUUUAUUUAAAACAAUAAAUUUUGAUGCAAAACCGGCCUAUCCCUAGUUUCACCCAUAGAUAACGGUAUGCUUAGUGCGAGUUUUUUAACGUUCUCGAUAGCGUAAAAGUUGCCCAAUUUUGUAUGCAGUUGGAAAAGCGCCCUUAGGGGCAAACGUAGGCAAACGAUCCAAUUCCAUACAAAUAUGAGCGAGCUAACUUUUACGCUAUCGAGAACGUUAAAAAACUCGCACUGAGCACACUGACGGCUUUGUAAACAUUAUUUUUGCGCGUAUUGUUUUUGCCUACGAUACGAAGCGGUGUAAAAGUAUAUUCAAACAUAAUAUCUCUAUAAUAACUAUGGUAAGCUUAGGCCCCUUUUGCGCUGACGGUCUCAUUUAUUCGAAUAUAAAUGUUGAACUUUUAGAACAAUGUUGAAGACAAAUGUUAUCAUAAAGUAGGUAUGCUAAUCGAGAGAUAGGUUGGGUUUUAGGAAACUUCGAAAUUAUUCAAAACUCCGUAAAAGUUUACCAAUUUUAAUGUAAUAUUAAUUAAAAAUGUUCGAGUAUUCCUAAAACAUCAUCCAUUAUUAAUUAAAAAAUAACAUUUGAUAACCUUUACAUAUUUAUAUUAUGUUACGAAAUUAUUUUAAUACUUACGAUUUCUCAGAAGACAUCGUACGAAAUGAGUGCUCAUAAUUAAAACUUUGAAGGCGUCUAGAUCGUCGUAUCAAGAGAACUGAUGCGUAUUAGAUUUCUAAUUAAACGAAUACUAUUCGUAUAUGGAAAACUAUUUUAUGUAACUUUUUGGGUUUCACAAUAUUAAAACGCGAACGUUCGUUGAAAACAAAAUUGCGUCGUGAAUUUUACAAAUUUCAUUUUAUUGAGAUUCCGAGAAAAACCCGUUAGCCGAUUGUUUGCAAACGAAUCAAAAUUAAAGUACGGAUUGCGGCAACGCUGUAUUGUAGUUUUUUUUUUUUAAAUACAUAAAUUCGUCUAACAAGUAAAUGUAAUUUUAACGUUCCGGGAAAGCGUAGGUGUUACAUUAAAAAUCGAUUUUGCUUUUUGUAAUGUGAAGAUUUCGUAAUUAGUAUUUGCAGAGUUGGGAAAUCAUUCGAUUUAACGGUUUUGAAAGAAACAGCGCUGAUUACGACGGGUAGCGCGGCCAUAGUUACAAAAAAAACCUAAUCGAUUUUUAAAUAUUUUUUUACGAGGAUCCUAAUGGGAGUCUUUGAGUUGAUAUAAAACGUCUAAACAGUAAUAACAUCGGUACUGUAGUUUUCCUUCACUGCUAGGUACAAUCUAUCUCGCGUCAAACAUUAUAUUCUGGGAAAUGUAAUUUUGCAAGAUUACCUUAUCACGCGUAAAUAAUAAAAUCAACGCUUUUUCCUCAUUGCAGUAAUACAUAAUCAAUUUUGGUAUAAAAUGUACGAUCAAUAUUAUACCCUCAUAAAUCAACUGUUCAAAUAAAAAUUCAAACAUGAAUACUGGAAGUAAUAAAGUCGCCGCAAAAAAUGGUCAUCCUUUAUUAAUGAUAAUGGUAUUAUUAAACGUUCGUACAAUGAUUAAUGGUUUAAUAUAAAUAUUAAUACGCUUUUUUUUUUAUUUCCGUUGAAUUAAACGCUUGCUUAUCCGGCGGUAUAAUAAAACAGAAAUUAUGAAUUCCUUAAAUCUGAAUGCUGUACGGAUCGGUUGGGACACCGCGCGAGGGCGUUGUUACGAUAAUCACGUUUCUUACUAGUCGUCCGCUAUCUCUUUCGUUUUCUCGGAAGGAGCUCGUUUGAAUGUGUGAAGUCUUCCCCGCAAACUAGCAACUGGUUCCGCAGAUUAUUAGCGUUUCCAGAAUUAGUGUUUUGAAUGUAGAACGCGAUAUAUUUUUUUUCCUACGCUGAUAGCCUUGAGGGGCUAUUUCAGUUUCACCCUAACGUUUGUAGGUGAGCUCACGGGGCUCAAACCGGAGUGUUGCUGACACUGACCCUAGCAAGAGCAGUGCUUCGCAGAAUCUACCACCGGAUCGGAAACACGACCCACUGAGAAGAUCCGGCGAGAAACUCAGUGGACUGUGUCUAUGGGUUAAUUCGCUCGUCGAGCCCUUCGUCGCAAGCGACGGAUUCGACAAGGACGGUGAUCGGGGACGCGAUAAAUGUCGAUAACUCGACUUUAUACUUUUACGGUGUUGCUGCAAUCGGACCUUCAUUUUUCUAAAAAAAAAACAAAAGUAUUGGCGGAAAUCGAUUUCAACGUAACAUUGGAAAUGAUAACAAAAUAGUAUGUAAUUCAUAUAAAAAGGUCGUUCUUAAAAUAUAUAUUAAAAAAAUUGGAAUGUAUAGAAAAUCGAGAUAAUGUUCUAACACUAAUAAAUACACUGAUAUAGUCCUUCAAAUAUUCAACGGGGUGUUUUCAUCGGGGUAAAGAGAUCAAGAGUUUUCUUCGCUGCAGUAUUUUUUUUUGUUUCGUGUGCUAAUGAAAUGUAAGGAUAGCGAAUGUAGGUUGUUAGAAACAUGUGAUGAGAUGUGCCUAUACACGGAGGUGCUAAUUAAAUGUUCCAGAACUGCUAUUGUUGGUCUCUCAAUACGAUUUUAAUCUAUUUUUCGUCGCAAUGCGAAUGCAAAGAUAUCAGUUACGUAGGUACCUAGGUAUGUGUAGGUUAAAAAUGCCUAAUCUUUUUUUUUUAACUGUCACUGUCAAAUUAAAUACGUAAUAAAAGUUCACUCGGGUUUUUUUCCAUUAUUCAUCGGCAAUAUUCGUAAAAAAAUACAUUACUAAACUCGUUAUGAUUUUUUUCUAAGAACAAAGAUUGCUGUGGCUGAGAUUUUUGCACAAGUAGGAGCACGAUCGGUUCGUAUUAUAUACCUAAAAAAUAAAGUUAUUUGUUUAUACAUAUAUGAACUGUAAUGAAGGUGAAAUUGAUUGGUUCAAAAUCAUGAGACUGUCGCAUGUUCACGAAGCGAAAUCUUUUUUAAUCGUUUUAAAAGAUAACCUCUAGUGGGGUGAUAUGACAAGUGUUUUGGAUGUUUAUCGCUUAAGAAUUGAGGAAAAAAACAAAAAAAAUCGGUUGUCUGUAAAGUCGGCUUACUGACGAUAGUUGAACGUGACAACGUCAUAAGAAAAUACUGAUGGAAUGGUUUCAUUUUUCAAUUAUCGCAAUCAUCGUUGCUAUAAACAUUUGACACCACAUUCACUUUUCUCUGAACUUCAUACUUGACGAACACAUGUAAAUGUAUUAUUGUAUAGCAGCUCUCCACGCGGAUGCAUCGCUCACUCAAGUAGGAGAGAGACAGAUGUCGAACGCUGACGAACGCGGAGGCCGAUUGUGCCUCUUUGUCGCUCGUUGCGCGCUCUCGCUUGCACUUCAAGUCUUAAAUGGAACGCCUCAGAGCGAGGUAACGCCGCACGAGUCAUGUUUUUUCGUGCUUGCAGCCGGCUCCAUCGAAUUAUAAGACGUUGUCACGUCAAAAACGUGUGACAUUAAUGUAACGUUCCCGUUCCGAUGUUUGAUUACGAAGCGACUUGAACAUUCGAUGAUAAAAUUCUUUUAGAAGAAUAAUUUUGUGAAAGAAAUUCGUAAAGUAAAAUAAAUCCGAAUUCACGUUACAAAAGGUUUUCAAUUUAUGAUUAAAAAAAAAACCAAACCAGUGUACAAGUUAAAAAAAAAUGUUAUCUGUUUUGUAAAAUGUGGAUAUAACGUCACUUCGCAUAAAAUUUGAACUUUAAAUGAUAUCUAUUGCGUGUUAAGGAAACAGCAAAACAUGUUUAUGGUUAAUCUAAUCAAAACACAACACCGCUUAUUUUGCGAUAUAAAUUCGACGCAUGUCAAACAGGUAGGUACGCUUUCGUGAAUGUCACUGGAAUAAUAUAACGAUCGAUUUAUUUAUUCACACAAUACGUAUUCAAACAUACGUAUAAUAUCUCGAUAUUUCCUUUGCACACAAAAAUUGUCGCUCUAAAAACUGUAAAAUCGGCGUUGUUCUCGAAAGAUUAUAAUAGACUUUAAUAAUUUCGAUAGUUCCAUUCUAAAAUUAGUAAACGUCGCGCCGCCAUGAUUUGUAAUAAACAAAAUACACAAAUAAAGCAUUUUAAAAAUAUCCACACAUAGGUAUAAAAUCGCGUGGGGUAAAAUCACACGCAGGACGCCUUUUUUUUUUAUUCCCUGCCUAUGCUGAUAGCCUUGAGAGGCUAUUUUAGCUUCGCCCUAACGUGUGCAGGUGAGCUCGCGGGGCUCAAACCGUAGUGUUGCUAACACUGACCCUAACAAGAGCAGUGCUUCGCAGAAUCUGCCACCGGAUCGGAAACGCGACUCACUGAGAAGAUCCGGCGAGAAACUCAGUGGGCUGUGUCUAUGGGUUAAUUUGCUCGUCGAGUCCUUCGUCGCAAAAGCACCGUUAAUGGAUCAGGAGGGGCAGGUCGCGGGAAAAAAAAAAAUAUUUUUAAAAGUUUUUGUAAAUGUUACGAAUAAUAGAAUGAUAAUAGGAAGAACGUUUUGAAAUAAUGAUCCGGUUUUUACGAUUUAAUGUCGCGUUUGUAUACAGAAUUUUAAAAAAAAUGGAAGCUAUAAAAGACCUACAAAUACGCUUCUUUUUUUUUGUUAGGGAUGCGCUUAAAACUAGAAUAUGGAGGGCGAAACGCGAAAUCAAAUGUUUUGUUGACAAUAUUGAAAAGAUACUCUGUUAAUAAUAAUAUCGAUGAGCGAAAGGCUAUUUGGUCUAAGCGACAUUUUUACAUUUUACAGAAGAGCCAUUUGAAGUUCAAAACAUGGAAAAAAAAUUCAUAACAAAAAAAAAAAACUUCUUCAGCUAUUUCGAUGAAGUAAACUUAAUUGAAGUUCAAUUAAAAACUAUCGAACUGUCGAUGCUAAUACCAAAUAAAACGCACCUUUAAUUAAUUACUAAGAUGAAUGUCGCGUACUCAUAAUAAGCGAAAUGUCACUUAAACCAAAUAACUUUUCACAUCUCGAAUGUUACGGUUUACAUAUUUUAAACAUUGUUAUAAAAUUACGUAGCAAAAUUUCCAGAACGACGCUAUUUUGUAUACAAUAUUCGUGUAGUUUUGUUUUUUUAUGUACCUAUAAUAAAAUUGAAAAAAAAAAAAAAAAGCUAAACGUUUAAGAGAAUUAUUUUCGCGUGUACAAUACUAAUGUGGGUGAAAUUCGUGACAGGGUUAUAGAACGAUCGUAUUAAGUAAAUCUUAGGCAGGCGGCACGUUGUCUUUUCUUAUUUUCAACUUCAACUGUUUCGGUAUUUUGUAUUCGGGUCGCGGCGGACCUCGUGCGCUCGACAGUUAAUUUCCGACGAGUAGCUGUUGUAGCUUCUCUCUCAUCUAGGUUCGGUUAGUGCGGAUUAGGCGAUUGCGAAGGUAUUUAGGUAAAUUAUAUGCAGCCUUAAAAUGGCGGCGGACUUUUUGGCGGGAACGCGAGGAGUGAAGUUGUGCGAUUUGUUUUAUUUUGUCUAUUUAUUAGUGUUUCUUCAGGUUUAAAUGUGUAAUAACGGUGAUUUAUUAAUCGUUUAGGAUCUGUGAAAGUGCACAAAUGUGGGAAAAUGAAACAAAGCCGCUGGACGUAACUGCUCGCGAUCCUCCAAAAAGUCCACUGAAAUAGUCUCAGUAAAUGACCACCAUUAUACUGAGAUUAUACUUCAUUUCAUUUUUCAUAUAAAAAAAGUUUUCAUUAAAAUUAAAAUAAGACUUGACCUAAAGGUCUUAGUUACCAGGUCAUAAAAUCCCUUAAAAAAAGCCUUAAUGGCGAUGAACUUGAAUAAUCGCAGGAUUUCAGUCCUUUACAUCCUGAGGUAUCGAUUGGUUAGAACUAAUAGGUCCGGUAUCGUAAUGGCCAUUAAAUUAAUAUAACCAAUGAACUAGACACGCGCAUUUUAGGUGAAAUGUAGGAAAAAGGUAUCUAUGUAUACUAGUUAUCUAUUUACAAUUAGAAAAAUAAAUAAAGUUGUUUAUGUAAUAUCUUUAAUUAAUAAAAUAUGCAGGUUUCGUAUAUAAGCAUACAACGAAUAUAUUAUGUAAUAUCAAAUUUAUUAUAUUAUCUAAGUGAACGUUAUGUAUUCGGAUUUUUAAAUAGUAUUUGUUAGCGCUUGUUACAAUAUAAUCGUUGUUUAUAUAAACCUUAUUCUAUAAGUAUUAAAAAAUGAGAACGAAUUAGCUACGAAUCUUCUCGAAGUUAAUGUUUUGUAGACUAUUCGAAAAUAAAUAUUACAUAACACGUAAUGAAAAUCGCUCCAGGGCUCCAGUAACCACUUAACACCAGGUGGGCUGUGAGCUUGUCCACCCAUCUACGCAAACAUACUAUGCCUUUACAAACGAUGGCAUGCCAACUCCCACAAACUUAAGUCUAUAAAAAAAUGUUUAAAAUCCUUCACAGGACGUACGUAAUCUGUUAGCCAAGUCCUUAACAUGUUAUUUUAACGUAAUACGUGACGUGAACAACGAAUUAAUACGUAUUAAACAAUACUCGUGAAAGUUCGAAAAUGCAUUUUAGUCCGUCGUAAUAAAGUGAGAUUUGCAUUAAGCCACUACCUAGUACAAAGGUUUCGUAGAAUUUCUAAGCGAUGCCGUUGUGCGCCAAUAACAGAGUCGACGUUACGAAGAAAUCUUUGGAAGUUUUACUUCACCGUGACGUCACACUUGUGACGUGCGGUCACAACGCUCGAGCGAAAGAACGCUUUCGGACCGAGGUCGUUCAGUUACGUUAUAGAUCAAGAAACCGUUGGUUUUCGACUUUUGUAUUCCUAUUUUAAAAAUAUAUUACGCGUUAUUGUUGGGAAAUAUUAUUAGUGGUGUUUACGCGUGAUGUAAACAAAUUUAAAAAAACACGCUAAUACGCGUUUAUCGAAAAUGUGAUUUCGAUAAAACGCCUGUUUUUCAUUUAGGAGAUAAGUUUAUAAAGGAGAUUAGCGUAGUGUUGUUUAUUUGAAACAUUCUGUUUGAUUUGGACGCGUGUCAUUCGAGGUCGAGUUCGCACGUCCUAUUUUGAAUUUCGAAUACUAGCGAAAACUUCACACAAUAAAUGAAAUAAGGAUAGUUAACAUAAUUUCUCUUUCAAAAGUAUCAAUUUUACUUAUGUUGUUGCAUUGGAAAUACGAAAUAUGGGAAGUUUGCGCUAGUGUUUGGAAUUGUUUUUUUUUUUUAAUCUCAAAAGCCGGGUCUUGCCUGUAUCGUACGCCAGACCUCAAAAGCUAUUUCCUGUUAGUUUUUAAAUAAGAAUUCUUUAAAUUAUAGAUUAUUAUAUAUGUAAUGUUAUCUCACCCGGAAAUUGCUUUCCGACUGGAGGAAGCAAUUUUUUUCGUCGAAUUUUUCGCUUUAAAACGAAACCCUUUGCAGCUAUAACGAUUGCUUAGUUUAAUGGGACCUCGUAACGUAAUUUAAGGAAAAAUUACAUUUUUUCCUGUUUUGAUAAAUACGUAUAUAUAAUAAAUGUAUUUUAAUUGGGGGCAUGUAUCAUUGCUGUUAUUUGGUCUUAAUAUUGUUUAAUCACAAACGGAUUUAAGUUGAUGAAUCAAUCAAUACUGUUGAUAAAUAUUUUAUUGUUGUACUUGAACAUUUAGGUAACGGAAAUUGUGUUUUUUUUUUUGUUAAAAUUUGCAAAUAGUUUUUAUUCUAAGUACGUCCUUGUACUUUUUAUAUUUACAAAUAAAUAAAAAUUGAAAAAAAAAAUUAUUCUAAUUAAAUUACAUACAGAAAUGCUAAUGCAGCUGUUUGUGAUUUUUUAAUUUGGCUUCAUCACCUUAAAAAAAUAUAUAGAAGUCAACUUAAAUCCAAAUUUAACGUUACACAUUCGAGAAUCGGCGAACUAUUAAUUCUAAAUAAUGUUGAUAUUAUAACUGUUUAUUAUAAUAUGUACAAUGUAAAUAGUUUAUAAAAUUAUAUGUAUUACACACAUAUAUAUUAAUUAAAUCGUUAUGUUAAGUGUAAAUAUUAAGAACCGAAGAGCUAUUACUAUUGACUUUUAUUAGUAAUACUUGCCUUCAUAAAUCGAUUGGUCCCUGUGUACGCAAUAAAACCUUUUUUUUUUGUAUUUGCUUUUUUUUUUUAAUUGUGAAAUUAAUAGCAAACAAAAAUAAACAUUAUUUCACUCUGCUUAAAAGCUGUUUUCGACCUUUGGCAGUACAAAAAGGGACCAUCGAUUGAUAUCGUAAUAAGUUUUGACUGAUUGAUUUUAAUGCGAUCUAAGUUUUUUUUUUUUACUUUUUUAUUUACACUCCAUGCAUUUGUCUGUUAUAAGGAUGUUAAAUUUAACCCUUUGCUAGAGUGCGCGCAAAAUUUUUUCGCCCCCAAUUUAGAAACCCCAAAAACAAUGUCUUGUGCGAUUCAUUUUUAAUGAAAGUAUAAUACUACUGAUCACGUUACGCGUCACUCGGUUGCAGAAAGGGUCAAAUCUGGUUUUUAGGUACAACAAACAAUAUAGUCAUAUAUGCUUAGUUUAAUCAUAAAUAUUUUAGUCAUUAAUUUAUUUACGGACAUUUCGAUUUUAGCCUCAUUUUAGAUAAUUUUACGUCAUUAAAUGCCUGUUUAGCCUUGAAACCGUUGCGUGGUUUUUUUUUUAUUAUUUUAAAAACUAAUCGAUCAUUAUGAAGAUUUUUCAAUGUUUGUAAGUGUCAAUUGUUGUUCAAUGUUCCACGUUUAUUGAAUGUUUUUUUUAAAUAUUACACAGUGAAUGUAUGGCAACAUCAUUAAUUAUAAUGUCAAUAAAUAAAAUAUUAAACAAC